AUGUCCUUUGCUGAGGAGUCAAAUCCCAAAACUCCACAAGUGGCCAUUGAGCGUCAGGGUGCCACAAGCACCUCCGAAGACGUGCAUCUCGAUCGACACGAUGGAGUCAACCCCCAAAUCUUGGGAUACAGUGGAGACAUGGAUCCGUAUUUGCUACAAAACUACCAAUUCGACCGGUCGGGUGCUUUCAAAUUCAAGCAGCUGAGCAUCCAGUCUGCUUAUCAAGGCGCUACACCCACACAAUUCCUGCUUUCCCAGCCAGGACUCUUUUUGUGGUCCAGGAAAGAGAUGGGUCUCAGUGUAUCUCCCGAAGCGUCAAGAGCACAACUCGAAAGUGUGGUGCCCGCAGAUACAGGUCGUCGAUUGAUCUGCUUAUACCGCAAAUUCAUCCUGACCCAGUACCCCAUCUUCUCUGAAUCAUCAUUCCCAAAUCCACAUACGAGCCCACCAUGUUUACUCGCUGCUAUCUACAUGAUCGCUCAGCCCUUCGCCAAAUUUGACGAUGUUCUAUCCAUCGAAUUGGCGUAUGACACCUUGAACAGUCAGGCUCUCUUUACAAUCGUUUUCGAGGCCUUGCAUUACGAGGCACAUAAUCCAAGCCUGGAUCUAGUGCAGAUGCUGCUGUUGCUCAUUGUUCGACCGUCUACCAAUCCUUUGAUACUCGAAUCGUCAUUGAAGUGGUCACUCCAUGGGACGCUCGUGAGCACAGCUCAAAAUAUGGGUCUUCAUCAUGAUCCGGCUUCUUGGGCUAUAGCCCCGUGGCAAAGAACCUUGCGGCGUCGGCUGUCCUGCACGAUUUUCACGGUCGAUAAGUGGCUGGCUUGUAGCCUGGGGAGACCACCACUACUUAGGAAGGAAGACUGGCUUGUGACCAGUCUCACCAUCGAAGACAAUCAAGCAUCUACCAUGAAUGCAGAUAUUUGGUCUACGCAUAUGCAUUAUGCUCAACUUGGUGCGCUCCUAGGCGAUGUCCUGGAAAAGUUAUUUUCUUUGCGCGCGGUUCAUGAGCUAGCAUCGGAUUUUCGAACGACACUGGACAUCUCAAAACGACUCUUGGAACAUCUUUCAGAAUGGCACAACGGCCAUAUCGCGGACAGCAGUGACCAUGCCGAGCAAGCCGUAUCGCUGAUGACGCUGUCUACCCUUGGACAUCAUUAUGUUCAGAUGACCAUAUACCGCGCCAUUAUACGUCCAACACUUAGUGCGGCCCGGUGGUCGACGUCCACGCCUUUGCAUGUGCGGCAGGAGGAAGAGCAAGAGAUUGUUCGCUUUGCUAGGACAGGCUUGCAAUCUGCGACCACCGCAGCUACCGCGUUCAUCAAGAGUCUGCAACAGGAGCACCUGCAUAUGUUCUGGCCUCAGUGGAGUCAAGUGGCCUUCUCUUGCAUUUGCUUUCUCCAAUUGUUGAUGGCAUCGUCUUCUCCGCAUAUGGAAGAGGCGGUAUCUUGGUUUGAAGAUUUGCACGCUACCCGCAAAUUGAUGCGCCUCAAAUCAGACAUGCUGCCCGUAUUGCGCUUAGGGUUGUUGAGGAUAGAUGCCCUCUUCUGGAAGCGUAUAGACAAGGUACUACAUCUGAACCCAGAUUUGCAACAAGCACUUGAAGCCAGCAGAGAUGAUGGCGCGGCGUGA